GGGGGGGGGGGCCACCGUGUAUAUAUCAUCAACACAGAAGGCCGGCUGGCUGCUUCAGGCGAGCAGGCAAAGUGAAAGCGGCCGUGUUGGUGUCGAGCCUUGAACAACUGUCCCCCCUCACGCCUCCAAGAUGAUGCGUCCGGCGGUCGUGGCCGCGCUGCUGACUGCCGUGGCCGGCAGCAUCAUGUGCCCCGACGGACAGCAGUGCCCCGACGGCAACACGUGCUGCUUGUCCGCCGAGCAGGGAUACGGCUGCUGCCCCCUGCCCGCGGCCGUGUGCUGCUCGGACGGGCUGCACUGCUGCCCCUCGGGGACCGUUUGCGAUUUGGCUCACGGGAAGUGCCAGAAGGGGAAAAUAUCCGUGCCCUGGCUGGAGAAGACGCCGACGUUUACGCCGCAAAAUAAGCAGUGUGCGGACGGGACGUCGUGUGGGGACGACGCCACCUGCUGCCCGUUGGCCUCGGGACAAUACGGCUGCUGCUCCCUGGAGGACGCUGUCUGCUGCAGCGACUACCUGCACUGCUGCCCAAGAAACACGAUGUGCGACUUGAAGCUUGGAAAGUGCGUACACGGCAAGUUGUCCAUUCCGUGGGUGAGCAAGUACCCUUCCAAGCAGGCGGCUUCUGACGUGCGGUGCGACGACUUCACCAGCUGCCCCGAUCAGAACACCUGUUGCAUACUCCCGUCAGGCCAAUGGGGCUGCUGCCCUCUCCCAAAGGCCGUGUGCUGCGACGAUAAGGUGCACUGCUGCCCAGAAGGCACGACGUGCAACGUGACGGCGCAGACGUGCAACCAAGCCACCCUCAGCCUGCCCUGGAGCACCAAGACGCCAGCCCUCAGAGUGACGGGAGAGCCGAACGAUGUGCAGUGCGACGAUCAGGUCGGCUGUCCCGACGGGAACACGUGCUGCAAGACGGACGCCGGAGACUGGGCCUGCUGCCCUCUCGUCAAGGCCGUGUGCUGCGACGACCACGAGCACUGCUGCCCGCACGGCACCACGUGUAACCUGCCGGCACAGACGUGCGACAAAGGCGCCCUCAGCCUGCCCUGGAGCACCAAGAUGCCGGCCCUCAGAGUGGCGGGGGGAGAGCCGAACGCCGUGAUUUGUGACGAUCAGUCCAGCUGUCCCGACGGGAACACGUGCUGCAAGACGUCUAGCGGAGACUGGGGCUGCUGCCCACUGCCAAAGGCUGUGUGCUGCAACGACCACCAGCACUGCUGCCCGGAAGGCACCACGUGUAACCUGCCGGUUGAGCGCUGUGACAAAGGCGCCCUCAGCCUGCCCUGGAGCACCAAGACUCCGGCCCUCAGAAUUGCAGGAGAGCCGAACGAUGUGAAGUGUGACGAUCAGUACGGCUGUCCCGACCAAACCACGUGCUGCAAGACUGCCGGCGGAGACUGGGCCUGCUGCCCUCUCGUCAAGGCCGUGUGCUGCGACGACCACGAGCACUGCUGCCCGCACGGCACCACGUGUAACCUGCCGGCACAGACGUGCGACAAAGGCGCCCUCAGCCUGCCCUGGAGCACCAAGAUGCCGGCCCUCAGAGUGGCGGGGGGAGAGCCGAACGAUGUGAAGUGCGACGAUCAGGUCAGCUGUCCUGACGGGAACACGUGCUGCAAGACGUCUAGCGGAGAAUGGGGCUGCUGCCCUCUCGUCAAGGCCGUGUGCUGCGACGACCACGAGCACUGCUGCCCGCACGGCACCACGUGUAACCUGCCGGCGCAGACGUGCGACAAAGGCGCCCUCAGCCUGCCCUGGAGCACCAAGACGCCGGCCCUCAAAGUGGCGGGGAGAGAGCCGAACGAUGUGAAGUGUGACGAUCAGUACGGCUGUCCCGACCAAACCACGUGCUGCAAGACUGCCGGCGGAGACUGGGCCUGCUGCCCUCUCGUCAAGGCCGUGUGCUGCGACGACCACGAGCACUGCUGCCCGGAAGGCACCACGUGUAACCUGCCGGCACAGACGUGCGACAAAGGCGCCCUCAGCCUGCCCUGGAGCACCAAGACGCCGGCCCUCAGAGUGGCGGGGGGAGAGCCGAAGGAUGUGAAGUGUGACGAUCAGGUCAGCUGUCCUGACCAAACCACGUGCUGCAAGACGGCCAGCGGAGACUGGGGCUGCUGCCCUCUCGUGAAGGCCGUCUGCUGCGACGACCACGAGCACUGCUGCCCCGAAGGCACGACGUGCAACGUGCCGGCGGGGUCGUGCGACCAGGGGCAGCUCUCCCUGCCCUGGAGCUCCAGGACUCCGGCCAGGACGCGUCUCACCGCGCUGCUGUCCGCGUCUGCCGCGGCGCGCGAGGGCAGCGUGCGGUGCGACUCGGCCUACGCCUGCCCCGACGGCACCACCUGCUGCCAGCUCCCGCAGGGGCAGUGGGGCUGCUGCCCCUUACCGCUGGCCAUUUGCUGCAGCGACUUUGUGCACUGCUGCCCGAGCGGUUACACGUGUGACCUGGCGCAGGCGAGCUGCAUCAAGAAGCCCCAUUUCCUCACCUGGGCCCCCAAAGCCCCUGCCAAGGCCAGGCCCGCUCGGGUCUUUGACCUGCUGUAAUGCCCACCGACUCGGGCGAGCGUGCGUAGUCUGUUUGCACGGAGGGCGCUGUCUGUUGUGUGCUUGGCAGAUGCAUUCCGACCACGGGAGGCAAUCUCGUGUCUGGCAAAAGAAGUGUGUGUUGGUGUCGGAGUGUGGCUCGUGAAUUGUCUUUGUGUUCGCUAGCUUGAUUGAUGGUGAAGGGUUUGAUUGUGUGUGGAGCGUUUUGUGAGCGGGUGUGUGAUGUCCGUACCGCUAACACCUUGUAUAAUCAAAAACCUAUUUGGCUGUACAGCAAAAUCACGAUGAUUAUUUGAGAAAAAAAAUGUUUGUGAGGUUUUAUAGCACAAAUGUGUUAUUUUAAUGUUUACAAUUUAAAAAGCCUGCUAAUUGUUUAUUU